CAUGACCAGCUCGGACACCCCUGUUGUCAGAACGUUGUGAAGAGCACAGACAACAACGAUGAUUCACACAGAUCCACGUGCUCUGAUAGGGCGUUAGGGGCUUGAUGGGUUCAAGAGGACCCGCUCAUCUCACACUUUGUCGGGUGUUUACUCCGACUCGUAACGGCGGCGGCGGCAGUGGUAGUAAGGUAGGUUUGAGCGUUUGCUGCUUUUCUAUCGGCGUUCUCUCUCUCUCUCUCUCAAUCUCAUCUCUAUUCCUCUGAUUCACGCUGUCUUUCCUGUGUUGUUGUCGCCGUCGCCGUCUCCGGCAUAUCUGUUUCUACCCAUCUUGACCUCACAACACCAUGGCAUCCGCCGCCCGCACACUCUCGCGCGCCGCCCUGCGCUCCUCCGCAUCUUCUCUGUCGUCAUCGUCAUCCCCUCUCCAGACAUCCACUCUCCGAGCCGCCGCCCGCUUUGCCAUCGCACAGCAAACAUGCCGCCACCAAUCCCGCCGUGGCUACGCCGAUAAUGCCUCAUCAGGCAACGGGCCCAGCGGCGGCAGCAGCAGCAAACUACCCUGGCUCAUCGGCAUCGCCCUCGCGGCCGGUGGUGCCGGCUACGCAUACACGACGAUGACGCUCCCAGACGACGUAAAAGAGCAGGCCAAGGAACCCUUCAAGCCGACGUUCGAAGACUACCAGAAGGUCUACGAUGCCAUCGCCAAGCGGCUCGAGGAAGAGAGCGACUACGACGACGGCAGCUACGGGCCUAUCCUACUACGUCUAGGAUGGCACGCGAGCGGAACCUACGACGCCAGCACCCAAACCGGCGGCUCCAACGGCGCAACCAUGCGCUUCGCCCCGGAAUCCGACCACGGCGCCAACGCCGGCCUCUCCACCGCCCGCGCCUUCCUCCAACCCAUCCACGCCCACUUCCCCUGGCUCACCCACUCCGACCUCUGGACCCUCGCCGCCGUCUGCGCCAUCCAGGAAAUGCAAGGGCCCAAGAUCCCCUGGCGGCCCGGCCGCGCCGACCGCGACGUCGCCUUUUGCACGCCCGACGGCCGCCUGCCCGACGCGCGCAAGGAACAGAGCCACCUCCGCGCCAUCUUCGGCCGCAUGGGCUUCGAGCACGACAGGGAGAUUGUAGCGCUGAGCGGUGCGCACGCGCUCGGUCGCUGCCACGUUGAUCGCAGCGGGUUCGAGGGGCCGUGGACGUUCUCGCCGACGGUGCUGACGAAUGAGUAUUUCAAGUUGCUUCUGGGCGAGACGUGGCGGUGGCGGAAGUGGGAUGGCGCGCGGCAGUAUGAGGGUGUGGGCGGGAGUCGCGGCUUGAUGAUGCUGCCGACUGAUAUGGCGCUGGUUAAGGACAAGGGGUUCCGGCGGUAUGUGGAGGUGUAUGCGGCGGAUAAUGAGGCGUUUUUUAGGGAUUUUGCGGAUGUUGUCAUGCGGCUGUUUGAGCUUGGGGUGCCGUUUGGGACGGGGGAGGAGGCGCGGAUGAGGUUUCGGAGUAGUUUUGAUUGAUUGAUGGGGAGAGCGUUGGGUCUGGUUUGAACAUGGAUGGAUGGAUGGAUGGAUGUAUGAUAUAGAGAUGUUGUGCCUUCUCUUCUUGCGCUCUCAUGAUAGAGCAAGUAGCUUGGAUAGACUCGUCAGAAAGAUAUAGAAUCUAGACCACGUGCGAAAGUCAUAUAUGUUUCCUCUCUCUCUCUAUUCACAAGGACAUAGCCUGACUAUGAUACAGCCAAACAUUCCCCCGAAUGUCCAAUCAGCGUCUCAUCAAGAACCUGUCUAGCUGAUGGGCCCAUCGACUGUCCU